AUGCACAAGUCGCAAAGGCAACAGCACUCAUCUCGAGGCCACAACACGCACUCAUCCUUGCUUGAAAAGCUCAAGACUAUCCAAGAGAAAGAGUUUGAAUCACUCGAACCAGCAACGAAAGCUCUUCCAAUCAUUCCACCUGAUCAAACCCUACCCGAGCUCUUAGGAACCAAAUAUAUUGACAAUGAUGAUGCGUUGUUUUCAUCCUGUUAUUCUGACCGUAAACAAACAGACAUGCUGUCCACAAGUGGAGAUCCAAACGGUAACUCUAGAGCGAGAAUGGUUCAUGUUUAUGAUCAUCUCUUACACCCUCAUUGUUGUGAGAAUACAGAUUCACGAAUUCGAGUAUGGACAAAUCCUGGUUUCCAAACUAACGGCUCUACAUCCCGUUCUGUCAAUUUGUUCACGAACAACAACAAGGAAAAUGAAAAAGACAACUGGCUCGACGAUCCAUCUGAACUCUCUAGUAUCGAGCAUGAAUUUACUUUCAGAAACGCAAGAAUUUUGAAUCAACUCUCUGCUCCAAGAAAAGCCUAUCGCCCUACCCACAUGGAUUUCCGUAGUACCAUUCAUUGGGGGCAAAGAAAGUUGUUAAUGUCAGAGAUCGAGUUUCUUACGUUGUUUGCUCCUUGUGCAGAUUAUUAUGGCGCAAACAAACAAAUUAUUGUUGUUUAUGCCGGAGCUGCUCCUGGAAGACACAUUGCGUAUCUUGCAGAGUUGUUCCCUUAUCUUAAAUUCAUUCUUGUGGAUCCAAACAACUUUGAUCCAGACUUAUCCAGUUCUGAAUUCUUGCGUGAAAGAAUUCAAAUGAGGCAAGAGUACUUUACCGAGGAGAUGACUCGAGAAUUUAGUUCGGAAAACGAGCAAAACAGUGAUAAAGUAUUCUUAUUCUUGAGUGACAUUCGAAGCGCCGAUCCUCACCAACAAGCCUACGACGAACAUGAAAGUUGGGUGAAACAAGAUAUGGACAGGCAAAUGAAUUGGAUUGCAAUGAUGAAACCAAGAUAUAGUAUGGUAAAGUUUAGACUUCCAUAUGAUCCUGGAUACACUUUGUACCUGGAUGGAUGGAUUUUCCUUCCCAUUUGGGGUAGACAAGCCACAACUGAAACACGACUUGUGGUAGAUGGAGAAAAUAUGAAACUUAAAUGGUAUGACAACAAAGAAUAUGAAGAGCAAAUGUUUUAUUUCAACAGAGUCACUCGCAUUUCACUCUUUCCUCAUGUUGCACGCUCAGAAGGAAUUGAUUACUGCUACGACUGCAGAUCCGAAGUAUUCGUUCUGGAAAUGUACUUGAGAAGAGUAAGAUGUAUUCUUGAAAACAAAAAUCAACCGUCCCUUGCUCUAUGUCAAGAAAUUUCCUCCAUGAUUGAACGAAUUACACGAGAUAUCAGCGCAUACCAUGGCAACAGAAACUUGUUCCAGGUGAUUCGUAGCAGUGAAUUUAAAUUCAACAGAGUGAAGCAUUUGAGGCCAGAGGAACAAAGAGAUGCAAGUAAGCAGCACCAAAGAAAACUUCAGGUGAAAGAGGAAGAUAGGUACAGACUUCAGAAAAUGGCUGUUAUGAGGCAUCAGAAUGAACAAGAACACAAAAUGAGAAUGCCAAAUCAUCAGGUAAACGUUUAUUGUGUUGUUUGA